UGUACACAUUCCAUGGCUUAGACAAGAGCUAAUUUUUUUAAACUUAUGUUCAUUUACUCUUUGCGUAUUUUUUUUUUUUUAUCUUCAGACUAGCCUCUUUACUCUAAACAAUUUUCAGAGUUUGAAAGUUAAGCUUUUGACUUAACAAGUCCUUUGAGGAGUGGUUUUCGUGGUAACUUUGAUGACUUUUGAAAUUCUUGUAACAUGAAAUUUCGAUUUUGUGGAGAAUUGGAUUGCCCAGACUGGGUGCUUGCUGAGAUAGCAACUCUGGCUAGAAUUUCUUCCAUUAAGAUGAAGCUACUGUGCAAUCAGGUUGUCAAUAGUAUACUUGGAGAACCUAUUGAUUUUGACAAAGUGAACAAGCUUACAGCCGAUGCCAAAUAUGAACAAGGGGAUGUCAAAGCUACCAUAGCUGCUCUUUCUUUUAUUUUUACUAGCUCUGCAAAGCAUAGCAUUGAUGAAGAAUCACUUUUAAAUGAACUUCAACAACUUGGAUUACCGAAAGCUUUCUCUGCCCUCGUCCGAUCGCAAAGACAGUACCUUCGGGCACAGCUUAGAUUUAUGGCUGUCCAUUCACGUACUCAGUGA